AUGCUGAACGACGGACAUGCUACCACGACGACGCAGGAUGUGCUGAAUGCCGCGACGGGCCCGACGUCGAAUGCGACGAAGAAGGCGUUGUAUGCUGAGCGGCCGACGGCGAUCUUGCAUCGGACGCCGUGGCGCCCGCCUGUGGCUAGUAAAGCGCAGGGAAUGGAGAUCACGCUUGAGGAUGGGAGGGUGUUGCUUGAUGCGGUGGGCGGUGCUGCGGUGGCGUGUAUCGGGAUGGGGAACGAGAGGGUAAAGCAGGCGAUCAAGGAUCAGGUCGACGAGUGUGCUUAUGUGUACAGUAUGCAGCUCUCGAAUGAGCCCGCUGAGGAGCUUGCCAAUCUGCUCGUCGAGCAAAGCAACGGCGCAUUCGAGAUGUGCGGUUUCUUCGCAGGUGGAUCGGAGGCGAUGGACGCCAUGCUCAAACUGAGCCGUCAAUUCUGGGUCGAACAAAAGCAGCCCCAACGCGUAAACUACAUCUCCCGCGAACUCUCCUACCACGGCAACACUCUCGGCACGCUCCAAAUAAGCGGGCACGUCACACGCCGCGCACCGUACAACGCCAUUCUGAACCAGAACAACUUCCACAAGGUGUCCCCUGCGUACGCGAAGAGGUUCCAGCGUGAGGACGAGAGCGAGGAGCAGUAUGUCGCUAGAUUGGCGAAGGAGCUUGAGGAUAAGAUUCUCGAGUUGGGGAAGGAGACUGUCAUUGGGUUCAUCGCGGAGACGGUUGUGGGCGCUACGACGGGCGUUGUGGCGGCGCCGAAGGGGUACUUCGCCGCGAUGAAGGCCGUGUGCGAGCGCUACGACAUUCUGUUCUGUCUAGAUGAGGUCAUGUCAGGCAUGGGCCGAAUGGGCACGAUGCACGCGUGGGAGAGUUUCGGCGACGGCGCGGCGCCGGACAUGCAGGCCGUCGCGAAGGGCCUUGGUGGCGGCUACGCGACGAUCGGUGCGGUCCUUAUGGGCCCGAGAGUCACUCGCGGUAUCCGCGACGGUGCCGGCUUCAUGAAGCACGGCCACACCUACCAGAGUCAUCCGAUCGCGUGCGCAGCGUCUCUGGCUGUCCAAAAAGAGAUCGCCGAGGGCAACCUGCUCGCCAAUGCGCGCGAGCAGGGCGCGUACUUUGGGGAGCUUCUCGAGAAGCGCCUCAAGGAGAGCAAAGCUGCGCCGUUCGUGUUUGACGUUCGGGGCGGUGGCGCUUUCUGGGGUGUCGAGUUUGACUUUGACUGUCCCGAGGGGAAGGGAUACAAAUUCAACCAACCAUUUGCUAUGGCGGCGCAGGCGCGCGCUCUGCAGAACGAUCUCAUCAUCAUCGGGAUGACUGGUGGUGCCAGGUUGGACAACACGAAGGGUGACACGAGCAUCUUUGCGCCGGCGUACAAUGUCACGAGGGAGCAGGUGGAGAAAAUUGUGGAUGUGUACGUGAAGAGCGUGGAGGAGGUUCUGGCGGAGUCUGCCGUACAAUAG